UCUUGAUGUUGAAUAUCAAGAACAUGGUUCCAAACCUGCUUACUAGUGUAAAUUAUCCUAUAUGGCACUCCCAGAUUUUGAAUCUAUUCAAAGACAACAGACUUAAAUGGAUUUCUUACUGGCUCCUCCAUCUUUCCAGUCAAACAUACCAUUAUCAUCAAUUGUUUACCCAUCCCAAACCCUAAACUACACUCUGUGGCACCUCCUCGACCAAAAUUUGGAAGCCACAUUGUCCUCCACUAUCACCUCUUCAUUACUGCUUUAUAUCCUUAACCUUAACACAUGGUCCAAUAUUUGGCAUGCAAUCAAAUGCCACCCUCAAUCCUUAAAUUAAUCACGAGUGAUGCAACUAAAAAAUGAGCUCCCUAAUAUAUCUCUAUGAAAACCCAAUUGAUGACUCAAUAUCUCUUCGAGGUUAAAGCAUUCAUUUGAAAAUCUCGAAACAAUUGAACCUCACAUUGACCAUGACCCUACCUCCCAAUUACCCUUCUUCAAAAUAGUCACUUGACACAAAACUUACUCCAGUUACCUCAAUCACCUAUGCUCUAUUCUUUGUAGCGAUGAAUUUAACUUACACACAUUAGGUAGUUCAAACUAACUGCGCCCUCACCUUGCUCUUAGAACUAAACCAAACUGAAAUGCCACUUUCAUUCCCGCAGCCAUGGUCGCUCCCAAUUCAGUAGAGGCGGUGUUCCCUCUAACUCAAGUAGAAGUGGUUAAACAAAGCAGCCCUCAAUGACAUGCAAGAUACGUGGAAAGAAUGAUUACAUUUUUGUGACAUUUUGGCACCAUUCCAAUCUCAAUUAUAGGCCACUAGCACCUGUUCAUCUUCCAAUAGCAUACACAAGCACUAUCCAAAUCUCCAAUACUGAUUGGAUAUUGGAUAUUGGAUAUUGGAGCCUCCACCCACCUUACUCCUGACAUUCAACACAUUCAUGACUAGAUUCCCUAUGUUAGCAAUGAAUAUAUCUUAGCGGACAAUGACCAAGCCAUUCCUAUCUCCUCCGAUAAAGGUCUGCUUCCAAUCCCCCUCCAUAAUCUCAUUCUUUCCUACUAUUUCCAUGCUCUCAAAAAAAUAUCUCACAACCUUCUCUGUCAACUAGGGGUGCAAAUGAAUCGAGUCGAGCUUAGCUUGAGUCGGAUCUAACACAAGCUCAACAUGUGAGCCAAAUCCCGAGCUUGAACUCGAGUUGAAAUCAAACUCGACUCGCCACUGAAAAUGAGCUUGUCGAGCAGCUCAAUUCUGCGUUCGCACUACCCAACCUUUCCACUGAUCGCAUGCGCUUUCCCCUUUCGCCAUUCGCACGCAGCUCCACGGUUCGCAUGCGGUAGGUGCUCGACAUUUCCGCUCCCGGUUCACCCCUCGUUGUUCCGUCUUCAGCCUGUCGUUUCGCCUUUCGUCUUUGGUUCCACGUUUCCGCUUCGAUACUCGAGCGGCUCGACGAGAGCCUUCCGCAGUUCGAACUCGAGCUUGAUAAUCUUACGAGAUCAAAAUUCUGCUCGAGCUUGACUCGCGAGCUUGUUAAGCUUGAGCCAGCUCGCUAUACAGCUUGACGCAUUUGCACCCCUUCCAUCAGCUUGACUCAUUUGCACCCCUGCCAUCACCUAACUUGUCAUUGACAAUAAUUCUUUAGUUCUUUUCAACAUAUUCGACUAUUCCAUCAAGGACUUGAAUUCAAAUUGCAUCUUACUCCUAUGUCCAGAUCUAAUGGAUUCUGCACCAUCACAUCCUGCCCAACCCAACUUUCCCAUCACACUGCUUAACAAAUCAGUGGCUACAUCAUUAUGGUAUAAAUGACUUGGACAUUCCAAGUCUACCACUACUUCGUCCAUUUCAUCCCCUCUUUGUUUUCUCUUUAUAAAAUUGUAAUUUGGCCAUAAAGUUUCAUUUCUAGAAUUCAAUUGACAAUCAUAUAAGUUGAUAGAAUCAUAGAACUUAUUCGGACAGAUGUGUAAGGACCCUCACCUUUUGUUGAUUCAAGAUUUUUUAAUACCACAUUUCAUUUAUUGAUGAUUUUCUUUUUUUCAUUUUUGUUUGCUAUUUCCUAACAUAUACAAAUCUAAAACAUCCAAAAAAUUUAUAAAAUUCAAAAACCCAACAGACAAUCAAUUCAAUUUAGACAUCAAUAUUCUCCACUUUGAUGGACGAAUACAUUUCCUCUUAAUUUGCUCAUUUUCUCACAAAAAAUGCCCUUACACUACUGAGCAAAAUGGCGCUGCCGAAUGAAAGAAUUGACACAUCAUUAAAACCGAGAAAAUCUCAUUCUCGAAUUUUUGUGUUGACACUAUUAUUAUAGCAACAUAUCUCAUAAAUUGCCCACCAUCCAUGACAACAAACCACCUCUUCCACUAUCUAUUGCUUUCUAAUCAUCCAAUGGACUAUACUCAUCUCAAAGCCUUUGAUUGAUUAUGCUUUCCAUGUCAUUGACCUCAAUCUCCUCAUAUACUUGGCAUGCCAUCGGCUCACCACUUCCUCUUUUGGUUACUUAUCCUCAUAUAAAGGAACUCAAUGUUAAUCGCUGAGCUGGGUGAAUCAUCAUCUCCCGACAUGUUACUUUUAAUGAACCUAUCUAUCCAUAGCACCAAACAAAACAUCUAUUGCUAUCAAUCUAUCCAACCCCUUUGCACCAUCCUCUACCACACUAACUCCCUCCCCACCGAUUCUAUCAAUCAGCUCUACCUGUCAAAUAACCAUCAAUGCAAUUAAUUCACCUCCUACACUGUCACAACCAUUAUCCACAGCCUCCACAUCUAUCAUAUCCACCCUUCCUCUUAAAUCCUCUUCUCAUGCCCCAAAUCACCAACCAGAACUCCCACAACCACCUCCAGAUGUGCCAUCUACUCACCCAAUGCAGACAAGACUCAAAAUUGCAUCUUUUCAUCUCGAACCAAUUUUUGAUCUCCACACAAUUGUCUAUACUCCAUCUGAUCCCAUGUACUUCUCUCAGGCCAUCAAAAAUCCGUAUUGGCGGACUGCAAUGUCCACAUAGUGUAACACCUUACAACAACAGGGGACUCAGUCCCUGGUUCCUCUAUCCCCCACCUAUAAUGUUCUAAGAUAUUAUUGUACAUGCCAAAUGAGGUUCAGAUGGAACAAAUGUAUGAUAUAAAGCUCAUUUGAUAGCACAAGGAUUCAAUCAAGGAUCAUUCUUAAACUACACCUAAACUUUCAGCCCGAUGGCUAUGUUCUUCAUUGUUACUCUUCAUCGUGACUGGGAAAUUCAAUAAUUAGAGGUCUCAAAUGCUUUCUUCAUGGCCGCCUGUACAAAACGGUGUACUGAAACAACCACCCUGAUUUCAAGACCCCUUAUUGUGUGCUGUCUUCACAAGGCCAUUUAUGACCUCAAGCAAACACAACGUCAUUGAUUUUUUAUCUUCUCUAGCUACCUACAACAAGGUGUAGCCAAACACUGUUGAUUCAUCCUAGCUCAUUUAUAGUCACAAUCACAUCAAUAUGCACAUACUAAUAUUUGUUAACGAUAUCAUCCUAACUGGAAAUGACAAAGCUGUUAUCUCCAAGUUAAUCACAAGCCGUAGCUCUGCCUUUAGCAUGAAAAACUUGGGCAAAUCAACUACUUCUUGCGCUUUGAAGUCUCACAUUUUCAACAUCAUAUAUCUCUGUCAUACUCACUAUGCUGCUAAACUACUUAAAAAAUCUGGUAUAUAGACUUGUAAAUCUCUACUCCAUCUUCCUCCAAAUCGAAACUACUAGAAAACACCACCCCUUUUACAAAUCCUACUUUUUAUUGUCAAUUAUUCGAAACUUCACAAUCACUUGCCCCGACCUUGCCAUCAAUUAAUUUUGUCAACAUAGGCGUAAUCCUCUCAAGCAUCACUUCAAAUUGCUCAAAAUGCUGCUCUGCCACAUUUAAUGCUCUCUUCACGAUAGCCUAUUCCAAUGGAUCUUUUUAGGAGUUUUAUCCCAGACUACGGUUAUUUUGAUAAGAUGUUUAUUCAGAUUGCUUGUUCUUAAUGAAUAUUUCAUAAGACUUAUUAAUAUUUGCACAAUGAAAACUGUAAAAGUAGUUUCAUUACAAAGAUUUUUUUUUCUUUUGGUGUAAACAAUUCUUUUUCUUUUGAGAUUCAUUUGAAGCAUGCAUUGGCUAUCUCUUUGUUCAAGUGUAGGGCUUAUUUCCAGAUCAGAGAGCAUCUAAUAUCACGUGGUCAUCUAGGGUCCUUAGACUUAUUAAUAUUGUGUUUUUAAUAGUAAAGAAGUGGGAGUAUUGUUUCACGAAAAAAAUCCAUGUGUUUUACUUCGGAAGAACUCCAGACAACUUCCAAAAAUUAUAUUCAAGAGCUAAUUGAUAUUGCCACGAAGAGAAUUGUUUAUUUAUUUUUUGUAGAUGGAAUAUUUCUUCUAAAUUAAGUUUGAUCUAGCCUAAUUGGACACCCAAAAUACGUUUGAUCUAGCCUUUGGUUUUACUUGAAUCUUAAUUGAAGUUUUGAUAGAAUUAAGUUUUGUUUGAGAUAAUUUUCUUACAGUUUUUUAAAGCAAAUUUUUAGUGCAUUUUUUUUUUGGGAAAUUUACAUACAUACUACUAUAUUCAUAACCAUUUACAUAUCUAACACCUAAAAAUUUAAUAUUACUAUUAUACCACAUAAAACUCAUUUUAUAUAUCACUUAUACCACUUCGUUACGUCCUCCGUCACGGCGUACUCUUCCCACGCGGAAAUUUCCCGUUCGCUAAUAGCUCUGGUAUGCUCGCGAACACAGUCGAUCGAAAUUCCCUUUGGUCGUUGCUUGCGUAUUCUUCCUUCUACUCGCUGCUUACGAUCGCUGGUCGCGAUACUUUGCUCGGAUGCUUGCGAUCGCUGGUGGCGAUCCUCUGCCUGGCCGAUGUGAUUCCCAACAGCAAUUGUGAGAUUAGCUUAUAUUUCCUCUGCCUGGCCGCGAUACUCUGCUCGCGAUCGCUGAUUUUGAUACUCUGCUCGGCCGGUUUUGGAUUCAGGUAAAUUAUCUGUUCUCUGGAUACUCUGUGAUUCCCAACAGCAAAUGUGAGAAUUUUUUUUUUUUUUUUUACUUUUUUGGUUUAUUUUUUUAACAAGAUGAGUUCUUUCUCUCUUUAGCAGACAGAAUAUAUAGAAGCAUCCAACGAUAAGAGUACCCAAAAAAGUGAAGAUGUGUUCCAAGGAGACAGAGUAUAUUCAUGUUGUUUUUAAAUAUGGAGGGAAAUGGGUUCAAACUAAUGAACAACAUAGAAAAAGGUAUGACGGUGGCAAACAAAGGAGUGUUAAAUUUGAGAAAGGUCAACUUAAUAUUUAUGCGCUCAGAAGCGAGGUUCUUCGAAUAUGUCCAUGGCUUAAAGGGCAUCCAUAUAAUAUGUAUUAUUAUAUAAAUGGUACAUCGCCAAAGGAAUAUAAAGACAUAAUUUGUGACGUUCAGGUGGCUGAGUUCAUAGAAGCAUCCAACGAUAAUUUGCGUGGUGAGAUAGUCAUUUCAGUACAUGAAGUUGAAGGACAAGAAUCAAUUUCUGAUAUUAGGGAAGUUAUGACUUCCGGGCAUAUAGUUGAAUGUUCUUUUAACGAAGGUAUUUCAAUUGCUCCAAGUUUAUCUUAUAAUGAUAUAGCUGUUGGCACCUUCUUUCCUGACGCCAAACAUUUCAAGCAUGCUCUACGAUCGGUAGCCAUCAAGGAAAAUUUUGGAAUCAGGAUAAAGGCAAGUGACAAAACACGUGUGAUUGCUACAUGUUCUUAUGAAGGAUGCGAAUGGAGAAUUCGAGCUUCUUUGUGUGAAGACACUCAAACUUUUGAAAUUAGGAGAGUUUAUGGUGUGCACACUUGUCCUGGGAUCAAUCGCGCUGGUAAUAAACUAGCCACAACUGCAUGGGUUGCCAAUGAAAUUGAAGAUAUAGUUAAGAGAAAUCCUGACAUUCCUCCGAAAGACAUCAACAACAAUUUAGAGAAAGAUUACGGUCUUUCUUUACCUUACAUGAAGCUGUGGAGGUCUAGAGAGCAUGCUCGUGACAAUAUAUUUGGGUCUAUAGAUGAAAAUUAUAAAUGGGUUCCAAAAUUACAUGCAGAAUUGCUUAAUAGAAAUCCAGGUUCGCAUAUCACAUAUUCUUAUGAUAAGCUUGACCAUUCAUUUAGAAGAUUUUAUAUUUGCUUUAAGGUUUGCGAAGAUGGAUUCUUAUAUGGUUGUAGACCGCUAAUUAGUUUGGAUGCAUGUCAUCUAAAAUCAAAGCACUUGGGUAUGCUUUUAUCAGCUACCUCACUUGAUGGUAAUAACGGUUUAUUCCCAUUAGCAUUUUCCGUCGUAGAGACUGAAUCAAAACAGACAUGGCUAUGGUUCCUUCAAAACUUGGCAGAGAGUGUUGGCCCACACAUAGAGCCUCUUUCCUUCAUCUCAGAUAUGGAGAAGGGUUUGGGAGAGGCUAUAACAGAAAUUUACCCUGCUGCUGAGCAUAGAAUAUGUAUUCGUCAUCUGUGGAAGAAUUUGAAAAAAAAUUUUCAUUGCAAAGAAGGGCAUAAAAUUCAAAAUUUGGUGUGGGCAGCUGCAGAAGCAUAUACUAGCACAGAGUACAAUGACAAGCUUGCAGAACUUAGUGUUUUGAGCCCAACUAUCUAUGUAUAUCUUACAACACUACCUUAUAAAUGGUCAAGAAGCCAGUUCAUUUUAGGCAUCUACCAUGCUACUAAUACAAGUAACAGUGCCGAAUCAUUCAAUGCAUGGAUUGUAGAUGCUCGAACAAAACCAGUUGUUGACUUAAUUGACACACUUCGUGGUAAACUCAUGGAGCAAAGGUUGGCGCGAAAGAUGAUGAGCAUAACAUGGCAACGUGAAUUAGUUUCUCACGCGGAAGAUUACAUAAGGGAAAUAACAACAAGAAAAGAGCAUAUGUUAGUGCGCCAAUCCACUAAUUCGAAGGCUGAAGUAGAAUCUGUGCAUUCAAAACAUAUUGUUGAUGUUGAAUCUAAAGAAUGUACAUGUCGAGUUUGGCAAUUAACAGGACUUCCGUGCAUUCAUGCUGUUGCAUUUAUUGGAAUGAAGGAGUAUCCACUAUGGCAUACAUAUGUUCAUGAUUUGUAUUUCGUUUAUAGGUAUAGGAUGGCAUACGAGGGAGCUAUCGGUACACUACCUGAUAAAGAUCAAUGGCAAGUAGUUGAAGAUGUGGUCGAUAUUGGAGCGCCUAACACUUCAAGACCUAGAGGAAGACCCAAAAAAAGAAGAUUACCAAAUUUCCUUGAGAAAGAUAAGAAAGUGCAUAAAUGUAGCAGGUGCUCACUUUGGGGGCAUCAUCGGAGCACAUGCAAAAACCCAUUAUCAAAGCUUAACAAUGAUACAAUGACACAACACGAAAACCCAUUAUCAAAGCGUAGAAAGUUGGAAAGUAGACGGACUGCUGAGACUUUCAACGAUGGAGUAGAGCUUGAGUACCUACAUGUUGAUGGGUUUUGAGCAUCAAAUGUAAUUUUUUUGCUGUUUUUGGAAAUAUUUUUUGGCUGUUUUUGGAUAUAAUUUUUUGCUGUUUUUUGCAAUUUUUGGCUGUUCGAAGCAAACAUUAUACUAUCCUAUUUUGUAAUUUUUGGCUCUUCUUAUAUACUGUCAUAUUUUGUAAUUUUUGGCUUAUGAAAUCUUCAAUGCCACAUCACAAUUAACAUUGUGUGCUCAUGGGUUAUCUUCACUGCCACAUCACAAUUUUAGUCAUAUAUAUGAAAUCUUCACUGCCACAUCACAAUUUUUGGCUGUUCUU